GUGUAAGUGCUUCCUGUGACGGAGGUCUAGCGCCUGACGCUACACGCGGGAAAUAGGCAGACCUUCUCAUCAAGUUGACAAGCAUAAGCCUGUUGUCGAGAUGGGAGACACACUGGAGUUCAACGAUAUUUACCAGGAAGUCAAAGGCUCAUGGAAUGAUGGCCGCCUGCGCUUUGGCAAACAAAACGUGGUCUACAAGAGCAGCAAGACGGGAAAGGUAGACAGCAUCCCGGCGGGCGAACUCAGCCUGGCUCAGUGGCGGCGCGUCUGUUUAGGUCACGGCAUCAAGCUGAGCACCAAUACGGGACACAUCUACAAAUACGAUGGCUUCAGGGACACGGACUUUGAGAAGAUCUCGGAGUUCUUCAAAGCAAACUACAGCGUGGAGCUGACAGAGAAGGACAUGUGCGUGAAGGGGUGGAACUGGGGAACGGCCAAAUUCUCUGGUCCGCUGUUAUUGUUUGAUGUGAAUGAGACCACAGCCUUCGAGGUCCCCCUAUCGAACGUGUCACAGUGCGCCACGGGCAAGAAUGAAGUCACCUUGGAGUUCCACCAGAACGACGACGCUGAGGUCUCACUCAUGGAGGUCCGCUUCUAUGUCCCACCUGGCCAGGCCGACGAGCGGCAAGACCCUGUGGAGGCCUUCGCCCAGAACGUGUUAUCCAAGGCGGAUGUGAUCCAGGCCACGGGAGAUGCUGUGUGUAUUUUCAAAGAGCUGCAGUGUCUUACGCCCAGAGGGAGAUACGACAUCCGCAUCUACCCAACCUUCCUUCACCUCCAUGGUAAGACGUUUGACUACAAGAUUCCCUACACCACUGUCCUCCGUCUAUUCCUGCUGCCACACAAGGACCAGAGGCAGAUGUUCUUUGUGAUCAGUCUGGAUCCUCCCAUUAAGCAGGGCCAGACGCGAUAUCACUUCCUUAUUCUGCUUUUCUCCAAAGAGGAGAACAUCAGCCUCUCCCUCAACAUGAGCGAGGAAGAUGUGGAGCGCCGCUUUGAGGGCAAACUCAGUAAGAAUAUGUCUGGGUCGCUCUAUGAGCUGGUCAGCAGGGUGAUGAAGGCUCUGGUCAACAGAAAGAUCACAGUGCCCGGAAACUUCCAGGGUCACUCUGGUGCUCAGUGCAUCACAUGCUCCUACAAGGCAACCUCGGGCCUCCUCUAUCCGCUGGAGAGGGGCUUCAUCUACGUUCACAAGCCCCCCGUGCACCUGCGCUUUGAGGAGAUCUCCUGCGUCAACUUCGCCCGAGGCACGACCACGACUCGCUCCUUUGACUUUGAGAUUGAGACCAAGCAGGGCAACCAGUACACCUUCAGCAGCAUUGAGAGGGAGGAGUACGGAAAACUCUUUGACUUUGUCAAUGCCAAGAAGCUCAACAUCAAGAACAGAGGUUUCAAAGAGGGCAUGAAGGGCAAGAUCGACGAGUACAGCGACUCUGACGAAGACAAGCACGACGCCUACCUGGAGCGCAUGAAGGCUGAGGGCAAGAUCAGAGAAGAGGGCAACGACAGCGACGAUUCCGACAGUGGCAGCGAUGAGUCUUUCAACCCUGGCGAGGAGGAUGAUGACAUUGCAGAGGAGUACGACAGCAAGGCAUCAGCCAGCGACAGCAGCGACGAAGGCGACAGAAGUGAGGGUGACAGUCCAAAGAAGAAGAAAGUUGCAAAGCAAAAAGUGGUGAAGGAGAAAAAAGAAAGGAAGCCACGCAAAGAGAAGAAGCAGAAAGACAAAGGCGGCCCCAAGAGGCCAAUGAGUGCCUACAUGCUGUGGCUCAAUUCCAGCCGUGAGAGAAUCAAGUCUGAGAAUCCCGGAAUCUCAGUCACAGAGAUCUCUAAGAAGGCUGGAGAAAUGUGGAGGCAGCUGGGCAAAGACGAGAAAGAGGAGUGGGAGACAAAGGCGGGAGAAGCCAAGAGGCAAUACGACAUCGCAAAGAAAGAGUACAAAGAAAGCGGCGGAGGAGAGUCUUCCAUUUCCAAGAAGGAGGCCAAGAAGUCUGGAAGCAAAAAGGAUGACAAGAAGCGUAAGUCUUCAGGAGGAGACAAGGAAAGGGAGCGUGGGGGCGGCAACGAGAGCUUCAAGAGCAAAGAGUUCAUCGAGACCAGCGAGAGCUCGUCCGACUCGGACCACAAGAGCAAGUCCAAGAAGAAGAAGAAGAAGAAGAAGAAGGAAUCUGAAGAAGAGGAGGAGGCUGCAUCCACACCUCCAAGCUCAGAGGAAGAGUCUGACUAAACACACACACUCUCUCUCACACACACACACACACACACACACACACUCAAGGACCAAACGUUUACACUCAUGUUGAUUUCUCACAACUGGACUGAUUUUGCUUUAAGAUUUCGCACAAUGUGCCUGACUCUCCAUCUUAAGGAAUCUUUCCUCACUGAGAUAGGUGUUGGCAUUUCCGAUGAUGAUGUUUUUUUGUGUUUGUUUGCCCUUCCCACUCUAUUUGUAUGUGGAUACUUGUAGUUUUGUAGCACUUACAUGUGCAAGGAGUUCAGUAUUCGUCAUCAAAUUUCCAGGCUUGAAUAAAAAUAAAACAUUUUUAAUUAAAAAAUA